AUGAACUCUACCAGACCAGAAGUAGUACUUGGUCUCGGAACUUGGACUCAAAUAGUCGACAGGUUUUUGUAUUGUGCAAACUCUUCAAAGGAAACAGGUGGAAGUAAAACGAUUUCAGGUGAAAACUUACCUGCGCACAGUCACUACAUAAAUUUAACUACAGCUGAAGCAGGUUGGCAUAAGCAUAGAUUUUGGGAUUGGUCAGCAAUGAAAAAAGGUAAAGGAUAUGAUGUUAAAGACGACGUUCAGUUUGCUAUAAAUUGUUUCUGGGGUAGCACACAGGGAGAAGGAAACCAUACACAUCGCGUUUCAGGGUAUACGCAAACAACAGGACAAAGUAAAGACUACAUGCCACCUUACAUGACAGUUUACGCAUGGUAUAGAAUUGCUUAG